AUGUCCCAUCGCAAGUACCCCACACCCCCGACCGGCCACGACCUGAUGGCCAUGUUCCCCCCCGCGCCCCCCGACAACUUUCCAGAGAUGCGCCCAGGGCCCACCAGCGGCUUCUUCCAGCGCCAGGAGCGCGCCUUUUUCGCACAGGCUGGCAAAGAAAUCGUCCGCGUCCGCGUCGAAGUCGACUUUCCCCACGGCGCAGAGCCAGAACAACUCAAACCCCGCACACAAACAACCCGCCCCUGGCUCAACGGCCCGCCCCCUGCUACCCCCGCCGCUGCUGCUGCUGCCGCUCCGCCGCACCACUCCCCCGUCCAGUCCGCCCCGCCAACAUUGUACCCCUCGCGGCCCACCCCACGGCCAUCCACCAUCGCCGUCUCCCCCGCACCCCUCUUCACCUCCUCCUCCACAUCAUCCUCCCAUCACUCGCCCUCGCUGCAUCAGCCAGGCAUGCGCACGCCCCCGCAGGACCUCAUCCCCCCUGGCCCACCCACCACAAAACCCGAAUAUUCCGCGGAAGAGUACGACGACGAGGCGUGGAAGCGGCCUAUGCCCUUUGCUGAGCGGAGGCGGGCGGGCAAACACACAAGGCGUGUGAUCGUUCGAACAUGA